AUGGAACCCUCAGGAACCAAAACUGCCCUGAAAGUGCUGGGUUUGUGUACCGCGCUGCUGUUCUUGGCGGCCGUGGCGGCCGUCUCCGUGGCCGUGGUGGUGUGGCACACGGACGUGGGCCGCCAGCUGAAAGGGUGCCGGGAGCAGGCUGCGAACGAGACGGUGGUCCUGGUCGACCGGGUGGCCGAGCUGGAACGGGAGCAGGCCGCGAGAGGGAAGCAACUGGAAAAGCUGGCCCAGCAGGAGAAAGAACUACAGAGGCAGCUCAGCCAGGCCAAAGACGGCCGGAAGAGACUCAACGCCACUUUGAUGGGCUGCUUGGAGAACACGACGCGCCUGGAUGCCAACCUGUCCACCCUCCACAAUGAGAUCUUCACCCUCCAGGCCGAAGGGACGCAGAUGGGUAGCGUCAACGGCGCGCUUCUAGCGGAAAUGGCCCAGUGGCAGGAGCAGAUGGAGGGACUUCAAGAGAGGCUGCAGGAAGCCGCCGGGGCGCGAGACACUGCAGAGGCGGAGAAGCAGCACUGUGCCGCACAGCAGAACGCGCUCCAGGAAAGCCUGCACAGCUACCUGGCCGAAAUCGCCUCCCUCCAGCGCCGCCUCCGGGACCGCUCCUCCUCCUCCGCCCGCCGCAGGUGCCCCCCGUUCCGGUACUUAUUGUGGGGGCUGGCGAGCUUUUGCGUUCUUUACCCGCUCGAAGGGCUGAACUUUCUCCUCUAGCCUGAAUCGAGAGUGGUUUUGAAGCGGUGGGGACUGAUGGAAGAUUUUAU